AUGAGAAUUAUUAUCGAAGAGCGCCCAAACGUGCUAGACGUUUCAGAACUUUUGCGUCCGGAGCCAAAGUUCGUUGAUAAGGAGGUGUCCAAAUUUCGGGACUAUACAGUCGACGAGAGUGAUCCACUUAAGGAGCGUGUCCGGCGAACAUACAAACUCAUGCACACCCACCAAACGGUGGAUUUUGUCAAAGGACGACAUGCCGAGUGGCUCAAGUUCGAUCAUUUCAAGGCAACCAUCCGACAGGCGCUGGAAAAACUAAACGAUCUAGUGGACGAGUCCGAUCCGGAUCUCGACCUGCCGAACAUCGUGCACGCUUUCCAGACCGCCGAACGUGCCCGUGAAGAGUUUCCUGAAUUGGACUGGUUGCACCUCACCGGAUUAAUACACGACUUAGGUAAAGUGAUGGCCUUCUACGGAGAACCACAAUGGGCCGUUGUAGGAGACACGUUUCCGGUCGGAUGUGAAUGGGGUCCGAGCAUCGUGUACCGGGAGGAUAGUUUCAUCGAUAACCCGGAUGGUGAAAACCCCAAAUACAACACAAGAAAUGGAAUGUACGAGCCUAACUGCGGAUUAGAGCAGCUGACCAUGUCUUGGGGGCACGAUGAAUAUUUGUAUCGAGUAUUGAAACAUAAUGGCAGUACCCUGCCUGAGCAAGCAUUGCAUAUGAUUCGUUAUCAUUCGUUCUACCCGUGGCACUCUGGCGGAGACUACCAUCAUCUGACGAACGAGAAGGACGAACAAACUAAGCAAUGGGUCUUGAUGUUCAACCGCUACGAUCUCUAUACUAAAUCUACGACUCUACCGGAUAUUGAUUCACUAUGGCCAUACUAUCAGAGUCUGAUCAACAAAUAUUGUCCGGGGGAGCUAGAGUUUUAAAAUUAACGGCAUGAUUCCGAAUGUAUGGUAGGCUGAAAUGAAAGUCCUGGAAAUAUCGUAAUAUAUGGAGAAAAAUAAUAUAAUUAAAAAAUGAUUAAAAUAAAACCAUGAUGCAAAUGAUAGAAAUGAUAUAUAAAUGCAAAAAUUUAUCUGUUGAACAUUUACCUAGAAACAAUGUUUGCUAAAGCCUAGUUGUAAUGUUUAUAUCUUCCCAUACCAUUUUCUGUGAUGAAUAAAUCAAUCUUUAAUGCAACGUACCGUUUGUUAAAAAUUUUGGAU